CACAACCUUAGUGUAAUAUUAGUAUGAGUAAAACUACUUUAGUAUGUUUUAUUAAACGAACUUAAGGAUACAUUUGACAAAGAAUUGUCUUUGCUGUUCUUUGGAAGCGUCAACAUUGCGCAUGCUAUUUGUUCAUUCUGGCCCUUAUCGUGAGCAUCUUUGUUUAAAACGGAUGUGACUCUGUGAGGUCAUAUUUACGUUUUAUACGUCUUGGGGGCCAUAAUGGCAUUACCUUAUGUUCUAAAUUGAAGCGGAUACAUAAUCGGACGUGUUAUGUCUUUGGGUUUAUGUUUUUCUUUAGAAAUCAAUAUAGCGUACUCGCUGUGGUCGGAAAAGUAAGGGGCAAACUAUUGGAGGAACUUGCUGGGCGAGCCUGCCUGCUCAGAUCGCAGGCUAGCUCGCUAGCUUUGCUUAGCUAGCAAGCUAGCUGGCAAAUCUGAAGCUAGAAGCAAGUGGCAACCUGCCGCUAUUUGAUCACCCUAACCUAGUUAGCGCCGUCUUGUGUAAAGAAAGUAGUCAUGGCAACUAGGCGCCUGACCGAUGCCUUCUUAUUAAUGCGGAACAAUGCAAUCCAAAACCGGCAGAUAUUGGCUGAGCAAGUGAGUACACACGAUCCCCGUCGUACUCUGAAUACACAUAGCAAUGCUGGGGAGUAUGAUGAGCUGGCAGAUGACCGGAUGGCUCUGGUAUCUGGAAUUAAUUUGGAUCCUGAGGCUGCUAUUGGAGUCACUAAAAAACUCCCGCCCAAAUGGGUAGAAGGUGUGGAUGAGAUUCAGUAUGAGAUCACACGUAUACGGCAGAAGAUGAAGGAGCUGGCUGGUCUGCAUGAUAAACACAUGAACCGGCCUACACUGGAUGACAGCAGCGAGGAGGAGCAUGCCAUAGAGAUCACUACACAGGAAAUCACACAGAUGUUUCACCGGUGUCAGAGGGCAGUAACAGGGUUGCAGGCUCGGUGUGGUCACUGUACACAUCAAGAGGAGAGGCUGCUCAGAAAUGUGGUCUCUUCACUGGCUCAAAGUCUUCAGGAGCUUUCCACCAACUUUAGACACACACAGUCCAGUUACCUGAAACGCAUGAAGAAUCGUGAGGAACGGUCAAAGCACUUUUUUGAUUCCGGUCCUUUGAUGGAGGAUGAUGAAGACAUAGCACUAUAUGACAGGGGCUUUACAGAUGACCAGCUAGCUCUGGUGGCGCAGAACACCAUGAUGGUGGAGGAGAGAGAGCGAGAAAUUAGACAAAUCGUACAGUCCAUCUCUGACCUCAAUGAGAUAUUCCGGGACCUUGCUGGCAUGGUGGUAGAGCAGGGUACAGUUCUUGACCGGAUUGACUUCAAUGUGGAGCAAUCCUGUGUCAAAACAGAGGAAGGACUAAAACAAUUACAAAAGGCUGAACAGUACCAGAAGAAAAAUCGCAAGAUGCUGGUCAUUCUAAUCCUUUUUGUCAUAAUUGUAAUUCUAAUACUCAUUCUCUUUGCAACAAAGUUUUGAUGUAUUCUCUGUGUCUGUGUGUGUGUCUGUGUGUGUGUGUGUCUGUGUGUGUGAGAGAGAGAGAGUGAGAGAGAGAGAGUGUGUGAGUGUGUGUUGGGUGCUCUCUUGAAUCAAGGCCCUCUGUGUGGUAUUUCCCCUCUGACAGUCAUUGAUAAACGGCAAAAUGGUGUCCUCUAGUGGUCACUGUGAGUAAUGUCUGGAGUCCUAUAUAAUCCCAGUGAUGGGAGCAGUGUGACAUUUACCUUUCUGAUAUACUGGCUUACAAGUCACUUGUGUAUGCUUGAGUGAGAUUUUCCUUCUGUCGUGUCUUGUCAAGCUCUCUGUAACAACAAGAGGUGUAAGCAAAAUCGUGGCUUUUUUACCCUAGCUGUCGCUAUCCAGUGUUAGGAAAUUAGCUCUCAAAGAAACAUCAAUCAUUUUUAUUAUAUAUUUUUGUCUGGCUUUGUUCCUGACUAUGAUCUUAUCAUAUUUUCUCUGCUUCAUGUACUUUGCCUCAACUUCACUUGUAACAGCAGCAGAAACAAGAAAAACUGCAAAGCAAUGAUUUAUUUCUUGCUUUAGCCCUUUUUUGCAGUUAUAGUUCUAACAUUUUGUGUUUGAUUUAUGGCCAAGACAUAUCACCAGUGUUUUUUGUUUCUUUGUUUUUUGACACUUUGGAAUUCCCACUUAAUGUGCAUGCACACACAGUGCACACUGAGUGUGUGCUUAUUUGUAUGUGUGAUCCUUUACAGUUCCUCAUUCAGUUAUAGCUUUUGCUUCAUAAGAAAAGAAACACAGACAGUGUACCUAGGCUGAGAAAGAGGAACACACAUCACAUGAUUAUCACAUGCUUCAGUCACUUUUGAAUUUUUUUCCCCACAUAUUUUUUAUUUUAUUUAUUUUUUUUUUACACCCACAUUGACUGGUUUCCUGUAACACUUGUAACCCUUGUCCCCGAGAGGCAGUAGAAUGAGCUUAAUGUUCCAGUGUCUUGACAUUCUGAACUGUUGAGCUUCACAUGGCACUUUACCAUACACUAUAACUUUUAUUGUUCAAUCUGCAGUGUUGUCAUCCUGUCAGUCUUGGUAUGAGUAGCCACCCAGUAUAUCCAGGGUCAAAUGGAUCAGUUUACUCCAGCCUUGGCUCAGCAAGCUCUGAGGGAGUGAACACUUUAUUGUUGAGCUUAGGUAAUGUGAUGUGAUUCUAUUUAUUGUGCUUGUUUGUUUCUCCCAACUGGUUGAUGACCCAGCCACCUUCAUCAGCAUGACCUUAUGCAGGACUGAACUUUGUCUCCUAAUCUCUGCACAUGCUUGGACUGAUACCUGUUGCAUAUGAUCAUGUGACUGUACUACUGCUGUCUCUUGUACAAUAUGAAAUUAUUUAUUUAUAAUGCAGGAAUGUAUACAAAUAUGUGGAGUGUGAUUGUUGAGAAAAUGAUGCUGAAGCUCUGUGUGGGGGGAAAUGCUAAAUUAUAUACAAAGUUGCUUAUGCUUGUAGUAUGAAUGUUCAAACUGAUACUUUUCCCCCUCAUCAUGAAUUAUUUUUUUUGUAAAUGGGUUUAUGUGUCUACCCUCACUGUAUGAAAGAUACAUUCCUAGGUGGUUUGAAAAAAAUAUGGACUUUCAUUUCAUCCAUCAUACUUUCAACAAAUUAUUUUAAAUAGAGGAAGGGUAAUUUAAAUCAUGGUAAGGGGAAAUGAUCUGGUAUUUUCAUUAUAUCUGGCCCCUGUAUGGGUCUCAUCCACCACCACCCAUCUUUUGCUAUUUCAGCUUUGGUUGAUUUUGAUGUGCGUUAUUGAAAGAAUGUGUCUCUACGGCACUGUAACCUAUUUUACCUGACAUUUGAUCUUUUCUAAGGAAUGGUUGUUGGUCGGUUUUUAAGAAAAUUAAACAUAAUGUUUUGAUCGUG